AUUCAGUGUCAGGUAUUUUCCGUUCGUAUGUAUGUACCACAACUGCUACAGUUACAGUUAGAUCCUUUUAUUAUGUAGCCUAGGCUCUAGUAAUAUUCGAAAUCUAAUCUGUUACUUUAGAAUUAAAUCUGCUUAUUGAUUCAUCCGUAACUUUAACUUAGUUUGUGCAAAGCAAAUUAGGCAGAAGCACCAUUAUAUAUUUCGAAUAAAAUAAUUCGUCAUUAAUAAUAAUAAUAAUUAAUUAUUAGUCAUGAUCAAAGUAAGUAAGUUAGGCCAAUACUCUGUAGCAUCAAUUGUGAGAAAAGCAAGUAACAUACCCAUGUCAAGAUCACCUUUUUCCGGUGGCCCAGUGGAGAUGGUAAUUCGUAAAAAGCUCUCAGAAAAGUUAAGACCAAUCCAUUUAGAGGUGAUAAAUGAAUCUUAUAAACAUAAUACUCCUCCUAAUGCAGAGACACACUUCAAGAUGGUGGUGGUUUCUGAACUCUUCAAGGACAUGACUCUUGUCAAGCGCCAUCAAGCAAUUAAUUCACUGCUAACAGAAGAACUGAAAACCUGUGUCCACGCCAUCUCUAUUGAUGCAAAAACACCUGAUCAGUGGAAUGCUAACCCAGAAGUAAAUCCAACCCCUAAAUGCCUUGGAGGAUUUGGUAGGUGAUAUAGCAAUAUCUACUAAAAAUUGAUUAACUGUUACCAAUGUAUAUUUUACAUAGAUUGAAAUAAAAAUUUCUAGUAAUUA